AUGGACCGCAGUAGCCUCCUGCCCUUCCAGCUAUGGUGCCCCCGGCCUUUUGGCACCUACUCCCAGAACCAGCCUCGACCACCAGCCACAUCUCUCAAGCCGGCUACCUGCACCGAGCAGGGCAGCGGGGCAGAGCCGGACCACGGGCCUAUCCACUCAGAGAACACACCACCCACCUUGUCCCCCGAGGCACCUCCAGCUCCCCAGCCUGCCUCUCCGUUGCUCUCAGCGGCCGCGGCUGGCGAUGAGGGCCGAGUCCUGCUGGACACGUGGUACGUGAUCAAGCCUGGGAACACAAAGGAGAAGGUGGCUUUCUUUGUGGCUCACCAGUGUGGAGGCAGCAGCCGGGCCAGCUCCAUGAAGGUCAAGGGGCACUGGGGUAGUGACAGUUCCAAGGCCAAGCGGCGGAGGCGCUGCCUGGAGCCCACCAAAGCCCCACCAGACCCUGGAGGCCAGGAGGGGCUCCCUGCUACUGAGGGAACUGCAGGCUUGGGCACCGAGGACAUGGACCUGCUCUCUGUGGCUGAGAUGGUGGCCCUGGUGGAACAGCGAGCUGCCCUGGCUUUGCAGGGCUAUCCACGUCCGGGUCCCCCGGCACCUGUGGUCUUUGUGUCAGCUGAGCAGGGUGGCCCGGCCAAGGGGCUGGGGUCUGAACGGCGGGCCGGCAGCAGUGCGGGGGGCAGUGGGGACUGCAGCCGCGUGGCUGAGGCAGUGGCCCACUUUGAGGCACAGCGGGACAGCCCUCCAGCUAAGGGUCUUCACAAAGAGGAGCGGCCUGGCCCGGGCCCUGGGGAGGUGCGCAUCGCCUUCCGUAUCUCCAACGGCCGUGAACUCCGGGCACCAGAUGGCAGCUUGCCCAAUGGGGGCGGGGGCCGGGCGGGCUGUGCCUACCCUGGUAGCCCAGGACCUGGAGCCCGGGCCAAAGACAAGAUCACCUGCGACCUGUACCAGCUCAUCAGCCCCUCAAGGGAUGCCCUUCCCAGUAACGUGGAGUUCUUGCUGGCUCGGGCUGAUGAAGCCAGUGAGGGCGAGACCCCAGCCCCUGCCAGGCCCGAGGACACUCCCCCAGCACCCCCUCCGCCCCCUGCCCGGGACUGCGGGGCCUCUGGCUUCCACGUGGACGUGGUGGUGACAGGCGUGGUGGACGAGUGCACCUUCUUCGGUAAGGAUGGCACCAAGAACGUGAAGGAGGAGACUGUGUGUCUGACGGUCAGCCCUGAAGAGCCUCCCCCUCCUGGCCAACUCUUUUUCCUCCAAUCCCGGGGCCCAGAUGGGCCCCCUGAGCCACCCAUCACUGACACGCCAGCCACCAUGCCCGGCCCCGAUGAUGCUGACGGGUCGGCAGACACCUCGCUGUGCCGCCUCUACCGGCAUGUGUCUCACGACUUCCUGGAGAUCCGCUUCAAGAUCCAGCGGCUGCUAGAGCCUCGACAGUACAUGCUGCUGCUGCCUGAGCACGUGCUGGUCAAGAUCUUCAGCUUCCUGCCCACCAGGGCCCUGGCGGCCCUCAAGUGCACCUGUCACCACUUCAAGGGCAUCAUUGAGGCAUUUGGUGUGCGGGCCACUGACUCGCGCUGGAGCCGAGACCCCCUCUACCGCGAUGACCCGUGCAAGCAGUGCCGCAAGAGGUACGAGAAGGGCGACGUGUCGCUGUGCCGCUGGCACCCCAAGCCCUACCACCACGACCUGCCUUACGGACGUUCCUACUGGAUGUGCUGUCGCCGGACUGACCGCGAGACGCCCGGCUGCCGCCUGGGCCUGCAUGACAACAACUGGGUGCUGCCCUGUAACGGGCCGGGCGGGGGUCGGGCCGGCCGAGAGGAGGGCAGGUGA